CGCAUGUCGUGAAAGGUCUUGCCAUCAUCAUCCUCCAGACAUCACCAUCGCCAUCCACGCCAUACCAUAACAGCGCACUCUUCUCCUCGCGCGCGUCGUGCAUCAUCCGGCUCGUCGUCUCCACACUGUGCUCGCCUGGAAAGCCUCUCUCGCGCAAUACGCCGGGCCGCGACAACCGCCACAUCGCAGGCGCUCUUCCUCGCUGAACACUACCACCGCCCUCCAGCACCAUCACCAUCCAGGUAAAUACUGCUCAGAUCUUGGCCCGCCAACGCCUCGCUGCUCGUGCUGCGCUGUACGCGGCAAACCACUGGCGCGCUCGUGGUCGUUUGCUGUUGAACGUCUCUGUGUCUGCCCUGCACACCACCACCACCACCACCACUUCCAGCCCCAGAGCCCAGCGCUGUGAACUCCAGUCAUCGUCGCCCAGACCACCGCUCCUCGUCGUUCGUCCCUAACUCUGCCAUGCUCUCAGACCGUCUCUCGCGCUGCGCUUAGGAUGCGCCUUUGAUCCCGAUGACCACCAACGACACUGGAUCUUCAGCACCACCAGAACCACCCGAAGAGGCCUGGCUACGCAGUGAGCCCGCUCUGCUUUCUCCCGCUUCUCCGAAGCCAUUACAUUUCCCUCAGCCCACGUCCAUCCCUGUUCUGGAUAAAAUGAUGGAUGUCGGUUUCAAUCAAGCUGAGCCGCACAUGAACAAUGCGGCCAUGCACGACACCGAGCUUCGACCAGGAGCUUGGCGCGACCCAGACGACCAAAACGUCACCAUCCCCUCUCCGUACUCGACCGGCGGAAAUGGCGAUGACUUGAAUCGAGACGAGAGCAGCGCGCAACAGAACGGCAAUGAUGCCUCAAAUAGUACCGAGACAGCUACGAAUGGAGCUGAUGCUCAAACCACCAAUUCCAACGGUUUUUCACACAACGCCGACUCUAGUGAUCACAACGACAACAAGCCUCAUAUCACAUCCACUCAGGAUGCACCUGCCGAUCCCAGCGCCAGUGCAGCUGAAUUCGCACAGAAUGCCAAUGCCUUGCAAGCGAGUGAGGUGAAGACCGAGCCGUCGCAGUCCACGCCAAUCCCUGGCGGAGUCAACGUUCAGGCCUUGCUGGACCAGCUUUCGAGUUCCAUUGCUGCACCCGCAGCCAAUUCCACGCCUACAAACAAUGGCCCGGAUGCGGCCUCCGCCCUCUCUCCAUCCCAGUCUCAAGCAGACCCUGCUGCGUCCUUGGCCGGUCUCGCCUCACCUAGUGGUCUUCCACCUCGACCUCCUCCACAAGAUCAGCCGCUGAUCAAUGCAGCCUACGUUCAUUCGCAACAUAUCCGCGACUAUCAUCCACAUGCCGCGAAUCCAGCAGUACAAGCGCACAAUCGCGCCAACAGCACCGGAAACGCUGCGGAUGCACAGAGUCACAAUUUCGUCCCACCUGUGGGAGCGGCUUCGAAUCAAGCGACAUCUGGUCAGAACGAACAAUACCAAAAUCAGCAAUCCCCAGUCUCUGCGACCAACACUGGGUCAACUCCAUUUGCCCAGCAGCAGCCGCAGCAACAGCCUCAGUUCACGCCGACACGAGAGCAACCUCGCGAGCAUAGUCCGCUUGCAGGCACAGAGGACAUCCCGUGGACGCCCGAGACUCAACGCAAAUAUGACUACUUCAUGAAUGAGGAGCGUCGCUACGUAAACGAAGCACGAUGGGACCAGUUCCCUCCAGGUUCGCGUCUCUUCGUCGGGAACCUUUCUAGCGAAAAGGUCACGAAACGCGACAUCUUCCACGUCUUCCAUCAUUUCGGAGAGAUUGCACAGAUAUCGAUCAAGCAGGCGUACGGAUUCGUCCAAUUUCUGAGGGUCGAGGAUUGCAUGCGCGCACUGAGCGCCGAGCAAGGGCGACAGAUCCGUGACAAACGCAUACACCUUGAGAUUAGCAAACCUCAGAAGCCGCCGCGCGACAAGCAACAGAACCAGAAUCAAGGUCGCCGCUCACGCUCCCCGUACGACAAUCGACGGAACGAUCGCAAUUCGAAUGGCAGGGGUCGUGGGAGAGACGGCGGAAGAAACUACAACCGAUCGCCUUCGCCUCGCGACUAUGGGAGGAGGCGCGAUGACAGAUACCGGACGAGAUCCAGAUCUCCCGGCUAUGGACGAGACGACAGAUAUCGAGAUCACGGUUCACGUCGAUCGCCCGAUUACGACGACCUGCCACUCCCUCGGAGACAACCUCGAGACGUGCCCGAGGUGCAAAUCAUCGCCCUUGAAGGGUUGGAGCGCGACUUCUUGUCGUGGGUCGAGAAAGCUUUCUCCUCUCGCGGUGUGCGGGUUGAUGUGCUUACAAUAUCUGCUCGACUGAACGAGGAUGCGGUCAUUAGGCGGCAGAUUGUGGAAGGCGUACUUGCUAUCAGCAAGUUGAGACGCGUCAACCAGGAUACUGGCAGAAUUGGCCUAACAAUAUUCAAGCGCGCGGGAGGAAACAGAGAUGUUCAGUUCGAGGAGUACGACAAUCUGGAUCCUCCCAUAUGCGCCGAGCUGGUCAUGAGAGAGAGGAACAGCCUUGCGCAACCUCCGAGCACACCAUCAUAUGCUGCCCCUCCUGCUCAAUACGCGCCGUCAGGACAAGCUCCUUCAGCAUAUCCAUACCAACAGCAGCCGCCACCGGCGCAAUACGGUGCGCCUCCUCCAUCGGCAUAUCCUCACAGCUACGGACAACCGCCGGCGCCAUAUAAUGCCGCACCGCCUCACGCUCCGCCCCCAGGAUACCCGCCAGGAUAUCCACCCAAAGCAGACGCAAGCAACCUGCAAAAUCUGCUAUCCACUCUGAGCACGGCUUCGCCUCAGGUACCUGGUGCUCAUCCGUAUGCACAACCCGGCUUCCCGCCUCCACAGCAGCAACAGUAUCAGGGACAGUAUCCUCCAGGACCUCCACAGGCUUCAGCGGCUGCUCAGCAACCACCUUCAGGAUUGCCUCCUGCACCGCCGAACAUGGCAGACAUCCUCGCCCGACUCGGCACGUACAACAGAUCUUAGUAAGCUUUGCUUGACUCGUGAUGCUGCGUCAUGAUAUAUGAUAGCUUUCAACGAGCGCUCAGUAUUGUGGAGAGAAAGUGCGUUGCAUCCUAGGCGCUUUCUCGCGCGCAAAGUCCUUGGAGGGCGACGGAAUUCAGCGUUACUAGAUACCACAUUCCGGCUGCCUGAAAAUAUAGGUUCAUGUACAGAAGUCACAACUCAUAACGCA